GUUCUUCCUCCUCGAUGCAUCGACGCUGAGAAGCAGGCAAGCAGCACGCCAUGGCGGGGAUCCUGGCGUGGGCAGCCGAUGUGGUCGGCGGCGCAGGCGCCAGCGACGAUGAGGCCGACGACGAGCGCGACGUGGCCUCGGCCGCGAUGACCCCGGAGCAGCGGCUCCGCGCCGCCGAGCUUGACGCAAGGGCGGCAUCGAUGCGGCGCGCGAUCCAGGACCUGCGCCUCCGGGUGCCCCCGCCACACGUCGCGCAGCGGCUGCCGCACCUUCACGCGCACUCCCUCGCCUCCUCCGCAGCCCUCGCCCUCCAGCUCAACGCACACUCCUCCACCAAGGAGCAGGCCCAGCAGAGAGAAAUAACUCUCCAAGAAGAAAAUGCAGCCUAUGAGAAAGCUCUAUCAGAUUGUAGACGGAAAAUUCAGGAAAGGCAGAUGGAGACCGAUCAGCUUCAAAGUGAUUUGAAGGAAAUGGAAGUAGCAGAGCAUAAUUUAAAGGCACAGCUUGAAGAUGCUCUGAAGGAGCAAGAGGCUACUCAACAUAAAGUAUCAACUACAGCUUCUGAAACAGCUGAAAAUGCUCUAUUGGAAGCUGAAUCAUUGAUCAAUCUUAAGUCUAAAGACUUGGAAGAGAAGAAAAGAGUGUUGGAACUAUUGGAUAACAAGGUGCAAACAUUAGAGAAAGAGUGGUCUGUGGUUGAAGAAGAAUCUUUAAAGAAUCCCACUCCUGCGCAAAGGGAGAAGAUCCUGGAGAGACAACUACACAGCCUCAUUGAGCAGUUGACAUCCAAGCAAGCUCAAGCUGAAAUCCUGAUCACGGAUGUACAUGCCAAAGAAAAGGAGCUGGAACGGCUGAACCAUUUGCAUAGAAAUGUUUGCAGCAGUGCCAAUGAAAUAAGUGCACCACGGAGCCGGUUCAGCAGAGGUCUUUUGAGUGGCCCUGAAGAUUAUUGUGACGCAAAAGCAGGUCGGAAACUGUAUCAACCUGGCCUUAGAACAGAAGGCCAGAAACGGCUGAUGAUUCUUAGGUCCACAAUUGUACUGUAUGUUUUGCUGCUUCAUAUUGUUGUUUUCAUAAAGAUCUCAGUUUGAAAGCAGUUACAUUAAAUAGGGAAAAAAAUCUUUUUAGCGGCACCAAGCAUGAAAUAUUAUUUCUUAUGUAAAUAAUAUGUGUAAUUUGUAGGCGAUCAUGCUUCUGUAGAAAUUUUAUUAUGGGAAAAUCGAUUCAGUAGCUUUUA